AUGAAAGGUGCGUACACUACCAUUUCGCCUCCCAAUUUCUGCUUAUUAACACUUGUGACAGUCGUCAUUCAAAGAGUCAAGUCUGCUUCAGUCACCGUGGACCAGGAGCUAGUCUCCUCGAUUGGUCGCGGGCUUCUCGUUUUGGCUGGGGUAGGCAAGGAGGACACGGAGAAGGACGCAGAAGGCCUAGUGAACAAGGUGCUCAAGUCCCGGUUCUGGCCCGAUGAGAAUGGCGCACAAUGGAAGAAGAGUGUUCAGGACAUUGAGGGCGAGGUGCUCUGCGUCUCCCAAUUCACUCUCUACGGCAAGAUGAAGAAAGGCAAUAAGCCUGAUUUCCACGAGGCAGCCAACGCCGAGACCGCGCGCAAGAUCUACGACCACUUCUACGAACUCAUGCGCAAGUCCUACGUGCCUGACCGAGUCAAAAACGGCGUGUUCCAGGCGAUGAUGGAGGUUGAGCUCAAGAACGAUGGGCCGGUGGGUGUCGACUACCGCAGUGAAGAUGCGGCGGUUACCAUCGAGAUCGAUACGAAGCUCCCCAAGAGGGAGAAAAAGGAGGAUAAGAAGGAAAAUGGCAAAGCAGAAGAAGGGGAAGGAGAGGCACAACGGCAGACAUAUGAGUUUAAGCUGCCGGCUGAAUUAUUGGAGUAA